GGGACUCCCUACAACACAGAACCGGCUCUCUCUCGAGAAAAGGACGAUCCUCACUCGUCUUUGUCCUGAGUACAAAUGCACUGUUCUUGGAAGCGACCCGUGCUCCUGUCCGUGCAUGAGCCCAUGCCCACCACAGCCUCUCUGGGGGGUCCAGAAACACUAAGCAACUGUCCAAGGCCAUACCGUGACCAGGACUUGACCCCAGGAGGACUGGUCCAAAGCCUCGCUGUGCCUCCUCCCGUGCACCCUCUGCUCACCUCCUGUGCUCUGCUGCACGGACACAAGGUCCUCCCUCUGCCCGAAGACACAGGCUGUCGUGGAAGUGGCUGUGUUCUGGGGGCCAGGCUGCCAUCUCUCCACCUGCAUUGAAAUGUUCAACAUCACCACGCAAGCCCUGGGGUCUGCUCAUAACGGGACCUUUUCAGAGGUCAACUGCCCAGACACCGAGUGGUGGAGCUGGCUCAAUGCCACCCAGGCCCCCUUCCUCUGGGUCCUCUUCCUGCUGGCCGCACUGGAGAACAUCUUUGUCCUCAGCGUGUUCUGUCUGCACAAAACCAACUGCACCGUGGCUGAGAUCUACCUGGGCAACCUGGCAGCCGCGGACCUCAUCCUGGCCUGCGGAUUACCCUUCUGGGCCAUCACCAUCGCCAAUAACUUCGACUGGCUGUUCGGAGAGGUGCUGUGCCGCGUGGUGAACACCAUGAUCUACAUGAACCUCUACAGCAGCAUCUGCUUCCUGAUGCUUGUGAGUAUCGACCGAUACCUGGCGCUGGUGAAGACCAUGUCCAUGGGCCGGAUGCGCGGGGUACGCUGGGCCAAACUCUACAGCCUGGUGAUCUGGAGCUGUACGCUGCUUCUGAGCUCACCCAUGUUGGUGUUCAGGACCAUGAAGGACUACAGGGAAGAGGGCCACAACGUCACGGCCUGCGUCAUCGUCUACCCGUCCCGCUCCUGGGAGGUGUUCACCAACAUGCUGCUGAACCUGGUGGGUUUCCUCCUACCCCUGAGUAUCAUCACCUUCUGCACGGUGCGGAUCAUGCAGGUGCUGAGGAACAACGAGAUGAAGAAGUUCAAGGAGGUCCAGACGGAGAGGAAGGCCACUGUGCUGGUGCUGGCUGUCCUGGGGCUCUUUGUGCUGUGUUGGUUUCCUUUCCAGAUCAGCACCUUCCUGGACACGCUGCUGCGGCUCGGCGUGUUGUCGGGAUGCUGGAACGAGCGUGCCGUGGAUAUCGUCACCCAGAUCAGUUCCUACGUGGCCUACAGCAACAGCUGCCUCAACCCGCUGGUGUACGUGAUUGUGGGCAAGCGCUUCCGAAAGAAGUCCCGAGAGGUGUACCAGGCAAUAUGCCGGAAGGGAGGCUGCAUGGGAGAGUCUGUCCAGAUGGAGAACUCCAUGGGGACUCUGAGGACCUCUAUCUCGGUGGACCGGCAGAUCCACAAGCUGCAGGAUUGGGCGGGGAACAAGCAGUGAACAUAAGCCAUCGGGCAGGACCACUGCCGAGCGUGUGAGGACUGCUGGGACCUGAGCUUCUCAGCCUGGGUUCAGGAAGGAGCUUGAAGCAUCCUAGGGAAUCAGGCAGGUGAUUCCAGCCCUGUCUCACGGCAUAAGCGUGCUGUGGGGAAUGGGGACCCUGGAGCAUAGCGGGGUUAUUCUUACUGGCUGGUGCUCUAAAACCCCCAUGAGUGGAGGGGAUCAUGGGGUAGGGAUGGGAGUGACAAAGCUUCCUUCCCUUUGGGGGAAGGACAGAUCUCCUGCCAGUUUUGGCCCUGUGGCUACAUGCACAGUUGGCAUGGCUGCCUCAUUUCCCAGUUUCAAGGGUUUAAGAUUUAUUGGUCUUCUGAAGGCUAAGUUCUAAGGAGUCUCUGGUAAGAGCCCAGAGACUGGGAUUCUGUGGUUCCUCUCACCCCUAGACAAGGUGGACGGUACAAAAGAAGAACCCCAAAGCAUGUAUGGAGCACUUGCUGAGUACACAGCAUUGAACACUGUGGGCAGGAGGGAAGACACGCAUAGUGUAAUGUCUUAAAGGAGCCCUGGCGUUAGUGGAGAAAGCCAAGGACUUGCAGUCUCCAGAAGGCUCCUGAUGGCGUGCCAAAGCAAGGAACUGUGGGAGAGGGGAGAGCACAGGGCCUAGGGGAACCGGUAACCCUGAACACGGUAGCCUGACCCCUGCCUCUGCUUCUUCUGCUGUCAUGUGAGGGUGUCCUGUGCUUUGAAAAGUGGGGUGUUAUAGGGCUGUGAGGCAUCAGAACACACAUCACUGGGUCUGGACACACGUCACAUGCAGAUGCACCAGAACACACAUCACAUGGAGAUGCACCAGAACGCACAUCACGUGCAGAUGCAUCAGAACGCACAUCACGUGCAGAUGCAUCAGAACGCACAUCACUAGAUCAAGACACACAUCACACGGAGACACUUGGCACAGAGAAAGCCACUCAGGCUUACUCUGCCUGCAGGUACAAGAGGCCCUCACUCCCUCCUACCUUUCCCUCCUAGUAUCCCACCCCUAUGUGCACACAACAAAGCGUUUGGUACUUGGGAAGGGCGGGAGAAAGCAAGUGUUUGUUUUGCAAUGAGACAAAGAAAAGGAUUUCUGGUGGGACCUGCCCGGAGAAUCCACACCUUGCAGCAUGGCUGCAAAUUGGUAGCUGACUGGGAGAGUUUAAGCUGCUUCCCAGGGCUCCUGGCUCAGUGACCAAGGGAUGCCAAUUAGUGGUUUAUCUGAGAGUGACUCACAAAGCAGGGAUGCUACCAAAGAGCUGACCCAUCAUCCAAGGUCACUUAACUGAGGGCGUUAAUUCCAGGCCCAGCUCCCUACAUGGCUGCAGAGUGCCUCGUGAGUGAUGUCAGGGGUGGGUAGGGCUGCCUGGGCCCCGGGGAACUCUGACAGGAGAACCACCCCCACCUUGGGGGAGAGGGGAACAACACAUCUGCAUAUUGAGCAGGUCUUCCACCAGAGAUAGGAUAGCCUUCCGGAUGGUUUCAGGGCCAGUGGGUUCCCCAUUAGAACCUAUUCCAGGGGCCUUGGGUGAGCUCAGUGUCAGUGGAGACAGUUGCCCCAGCAACGUCAUAGACUCGGGUGACAGACACCAUACUCAUAGUUCCAGAAUCUUCCAUGGGAGUUUAUUUUUCCACGUGACCGUACCCUGUGACGAACCUCCCGACAGAGGCCACUUAAGGGAAAGAGAAGGGUUACUUUGUCUCUCAGUGUCAAAAAAAAGGCUUCGGUCCAGUGUAGCCGGGGACUGUAUGGUAAACAGAGCAGGAAACGGAGACACGGCUGGAACCAGGGCAGCAUAUGACCUUCAAAUGUCUGCCCCUAGUGACCUUUCACCUACUAGGUCCUACAUCUUAAAGCUUCCAUCGCCUUCCAAAUUAGGACCAGCAGUCAGGAAUGAAGGGAGGUGCCUUUCAGACUCAACUAUAACAAUUUCACUGCCUAUUGGCUGGCCUCUGAGGCUAACACUCUGUCAAGCCCCUGGGGACAUCUGAGGGGCAUAUCAAACAACCUCCAACACCAAGCCACUUAGGAGCUGACCACCUGAUAGCCACGGGCUACGGAGACUCAGGAAAUGGGCAGAGUUCAUUGGUGUUUCUGGCCAGGCUGAGCCAAGGGAGAGCCUACAUGGCAAAAGUCCUGUGAAUCCCCACCAAUCUGACUCUGAAUUUCCUAAGAGAGAAGACCCCAGGAAAUUCUUUUUUCCACCCCAUCCUCCACUUGUAGCCAAAAGAAGGAAACAGAUGGCAUAAGCUGAGAAUGGACUCGGCCACACCCAUACUGUGAAGGUGAAGCAGGGCCCCACCCUCAGAGGAGAAGUUGGUGGGCUACGGGCGUGAGGGACACGGCUUGACCACAGCCUGGGUCCCUCAGGGUGGCUGAAGGGUCUGAAACUGGGUCACUGCAGGGUCUGCAACUAGGUCUGCAGGAGGGAAGCCCCCUUGUGCCUUGCGUCGACACCCUGAUGAGAAACCGUGUCCAUUGAAGGAUGGAGAAAGCUCUGUACCGUGCAGAGGAAGUGGCCGACAAGGGAGGAGCGCUCUGUGUAAGAACACGCCUCCUCUGUGCACUGGAAUAAACAGAUGAAUUUUG